UGAUCGGCGUGGAGCUGUGAGAAUGUGUGCCUCGGUUCUGUCCGUCAGACUUUGGGUGUGCGCGCUGCUGCUUUUGUCACUCUGCUGCAUUGGAGGGAAAUGUGAAAUUCAACAGUCAGAACCUUCGGCAACAACCGACAUCAAACCUUUUCACCAUGACAUCGAUGAACCCCAGGCCUUCCCUGAUGAGGAGCGGGCCAGACUUCCUGUGUUUACAAUGGACUAUCCUCGGGUACAAGUCCCCAUUGAGUUCACAUUGUGGGUGCUGCUGGCUUCCUUUGCCAAAAUUGGUUUUCACGUUUACAAAAAUAUCACGAUCUGGAUCCCAGAAUCUUGUUUGCUGAUUUCCAUUGGCCUCAUCGUCGGCGCCAUCAUGCACUCCGUGAAAGAGGAACCGCCAGCCGUGCUGACUUCCGAUGUCUUCUUUCUCUACAUGCUCCCGCUCAUCGUCCUGGAAAAUGGCUACUUCAUGCCCACCAGGCCCUUUUUUGAGAACGUCGGCACGGUGCUGUGGUACGCAGUGGUGGGGACUCUGUGGAACAGCAUUGGAAUCGGGCUCUCACUCUACGCCAUUUGUCAAAUUGAGGUCUUUGGUGUCCAAGAUAUCAACCUGCAGGAGAACUUGUUGUUUGCGUCGAUCAUCUCGGCCGUGGAUCCCGUGGCGGUGCUCAACGUGUUUGACGACGUCGGCGUGAACGAGCAGACUCACAUCGUCAUCUUUGGCGAGGGGCUGUUCAACGACGCCGUCACCGUGGUACUCUAUAGCAUGUUUUCCUUUGUGGCGGACAUGUCCGCCGUGGAAUCCACCGACGUGCUUCUGGGCGGGGCCCGGUUCUUCGUGGUAGGGGCCGGGGGUUUCCUUUUCGGUCUCGUGUUUGGCUUCGCUGCAGCCUUCACCACACGUUUCACCCACAACGCCCGCCAGAUCGAGCCGCUCUUUGUCUUCAUGUUCAGCUACUUGGCAUACCUGAUAGCAGAGCUCUUCGCCAUUUCCAGUGUUCUCGCGAUUAUUACAUGUGCUAUAACCAUGAAGUACUAUGUAGAGGAGAACGUCUCCCAGAGGUCCUGCACUACUAUCCGCCACGUGGUCAAGAUGUUGGCCACCAUCUCAGAAACUCUUAUCUUCUUCUUCCUGGGCGUCGUGACCAUUACGACGGAACAUGAGUGGAACUGGGCCUACAUCCUGUUCACCCUCCUGUUCGCCCUGCUCUGGAGAGGAAUCGGAAUUCUGGUUCUGUCUCAGAUCGUCAACCCACUCCGGACUAUCCAAUUCACCUUCAAGGACCAGUUCGGUCUGGCCUACGGAGGCGUGCGCGGGGCCAUCUGCUUUGCUCUGGUCUUCACCAUGCCCGACAGCAUCAACAGGAAGAACUUGUUUGUCACCGCUUCCAUCGCCGUCAUCAUAUUCACCGUGUUCAUACAGGGGAUCAGCAUCCGUCCCAUCAUAGAAUAUAUGAAUAUCAGACGGACCAACAAAGACUCAAGCACCAUCAAUGUAGAAAUACACAACAGAGUGAUGGAGCACAUUGUUUGUGGCAUUGAGGACCUGUGUGGGCAAUGGAGCCAUUACUACUGGAAAGACAAGUUUAAAAAGUUCAACGAUCGCUUUCUGAGGCGCAUCCUGCUUCGAGACAACAGGGCAGAGUCCAGUAUUGUGUCUCUCUACAAAAAACUGGAGCUGCAGACAGCCAUUGAUUUGCUGGACACACCAGUGGGCGACUUGAGUGCGGCACCGUCCAUCGUUUCCCUGUACGACGAGAAGAAGGGAACGUCUCGACCUAAGAAGAAGUUCCUGGCUGCAGACGUCAGUAGGAUGCAUGACAUCCUGGCCAAGAACAUGUACAGAAUCAGAGAGAAGACGAUGGCUUACACCAACAAAUCCAACUUGCCUGAAAAUAGCCGAGCCAGGGAGAUUUUAAUUCGCCGACAUGCGAGCAUCAGACGCAGCCUGCGAUCUGAGAGUUUACGUGAAAUGGCCGCUCAAAGUGUGUCCAAAUCCCAGAAGUACUUUUCUCUGCAGCCCGGAGUCGACCCAGAGGUUGCUUUUCCUCUCAGAAGACGAAGUCAUGGUGGGGUGUCGCCAAGCUCCUCAUCCCGCUGGUUGACCUCAGUGAGGAGGCUGAAGACCGUCACAGAAGCAGGUCGUCCUGCCGCCUCACCUGAGGUGGUUGUAGUGGACGAGCGACGCCCCUAUCCUGAGAAAAAGACACCGGCUGCAGCCCCGCGGAGGCGCACCUUCGAGGGGACCCCAAGGGAUCCAGAAGAUGGGGAGGAAUCUGUAGCUCCUCCUCCGUUACCUGCGCCUCCUGGCUGGAUGCCUGACAACCAGAAUGUCCGGAAGAAUGGAGCUGGAGACCCGCUACUUGGGACGUUGUCACAUGGCUCGCGAGGCUCUGGGACGUGAAAUGUCGAGAAAAAGUUUGAGCGAGGACAUGUUAAAAGGGCUGUCAGAAACAUGUUAAUGACAGUGAUUCGGGCCUUGACUUUUAACAACACUCAGUAAAGGUUUGGGAACUGAG